CAGCUGUUGAAGCAGAAAUAUUUAAGAAAUUCAUAGUUAGUUUGUUGGUAAAUUGGAGUUUUACAAAUCAAAUCAAGGGUCAUAAUAUAAUGGAGGCCGACCAGCCCAGCUCCAGCAGCAUCAGCCUCAGCAUAGACAAUGAUCUAGCCGAUGAGGAUCUCGUAUUGAAUGAUGAGUCUGCUGAAAUAGCCCGACUGCAGCUGCCCGAAGAGGAUCAGCAGCCACAAGAUAAGCUCGAACCGCUGGAGGAGGACGAGCGCAUUGCCAAGAUCGACUUCCGCUGCUCUGCCUGCGACAUGCACGAGCUCGUACACUACUUUGGACGCCAGCCGCCCUUUGCGCUUGGCAUUAAAUACCUCGAGGACACCUACGUAAUGCGCGAUCCCUUCCAGCCGCCACCGCCUCGCUGGCAGUCCAAGCCCGAGUACUACAUUGCGAUGGGCUCCAAGUGCAGCAGCUGCUCGAAGGUGGUGUGCAAAGAUGCUGCCUGUAGCUUCUACUACACAAGGACCGUUUGUCUGCCCUGUGGCAAGGCCGAGCUCAAGGAUUGGCCCGUGGAGGCACAGGCCCGUUUACGGAAACAGCUGGAGGACAAUGAUAAGUAGCCGCAGGUCUCAGGACACUAUUGGGAAUUGGAAAUUUGCAUUUAUUUAUCCGAUCUGUGGCCUAAAAGUUAACAUUUGUGAAGCGUGGGGUAGGUUAAUAGCGUCUAAUGUUUGUGCUACAAACUUGAAUGGGUGAUUAAAAAAUAAACAAACAGUGGAAUAGCCUAGGAGUUAGCCUAA